AUGGCGAGUCUGUUGCUCCGGCUGUUCAAUAGCGACUAUUUCUCGUCACAUUUGGCUUUGAGCUACCUACGCACCUAUGCAGACCAUGUUGGGAUCACGUACUACCUCAUUGCUAAACUCAGCACAGACUUUCCUCGUGAAGAGGUGGACUUUUACUGGCCUCAAUACUGUCAUUUGCUAGUAACCAAAGACACAGAGUCACGAGCUCUGGAAGGAUUCAUCUUGCGACGAUGUGAAGAAGACGUGCAUGUGGCUUUAUUGACACUCUGGUACAUGCAGGCCCAUUUGGCCGACUUGGCCUCCGACCCUACCUCGCCUAAUUUUCGCACAUGCCAACGUGUAUACAAUCGGUGCCAGCGGAUAUUGUUCGAGGAUCCAGAGGCAUCAGCACCGGUGCCUCGGCGCCGCUUAGCGAAUUUCCUGCCGUUCUUUGAGGCGAACCGGAACGUGUAUCCUGACAAUGCCAUGAGCGCCAUGGUCGGCUUGUCGUCGGCUUUGAUAUCUGUGGGAUGCCCUGUGGCAUCUGAUUACUGUGGUAGUCUGGCCUUGCAGCAAGGACGGCGUCCUCCUGGCGGCAUGACGUUGGAACGGGGCGAGAUUCAGCGUCUGCCUUCAGCGCCGCUCUCAGUACCGGCUAUCCAAGUCGACGUGGACCCUAUGGAUGGCCGCCCUGCAGCAGAUACACCUAAGGCUCCCACACAAGAUAACAAUACACCGCCUUCCGUUGCUAAGGAGCCUGGCCCCACGCAAGACACGAAGGAGGACCCUAUUCAGCAUGUGUUUGGCGAAGAAGAAUGGUCGCGAGCUCCCUCGAAGGGACAGAAGAGUACUACAUUCACGUCCGAGCCAAGUACUUCACAGCCGCCUUCGCGCGCCCCUACACCAGCGCCUACGCCCUUGGACACGACAAGUCGGGAGUAUGAACUGCGGCAGAAGUAUCUGUUUGCACACUAUGGUCGCUCGGAAAUGCAGUUCUUGCAAACAUUGCAAGACAUUCCCACACGCCUACAGCAAUUGCCAAAGCAGGCGCGUCUCUCUGCACUGCGUGCGGAGCUGACCGCUCUGAACCAAACGCUUCCUUCGGAAGUGUGUUUCCCUACUUGGUGUGCUGGCCUCGCAACGGAUGCUACGCAUCGCGGCCGUCAUCAUCGCGUGGUGCGCAUUAGUGCAUCGGAAGCUGUGGUCCUCAACUCGGCAGACCGUGUGCCCUAUUUGCUCCAUGUGGAAGUGCUGCGCAACGACUUGGACUUUGAUCCUAAUCGUAAGUACAACCGCGAGCUGCUGCAACGCAUUCUAGGAAAGCACGAGGGCUCUCUCAAGCCGCUUUUGAUCGCACAAGCGAAACGGGCGUCGAUUCCUUGCGAGGCAAAUACACCACGGAGUGCUACGCCAGAAUCGUUGCAUUCCGGUGAAGUGGACUUGACGGAGCAAAUGUAUGGCGCAGACUUGGCGGCCUUUGGGCGUGAGCAAAAAGCCGAUGAGAGUGACCAGGACAUACUCGUCGGGAAGAAUGAUACCCUUGAUAUGGCAGCAUGGGCGCAUGCGACGCCAACAGAACCACGCGCUGGUUUCUCGCUGGAAGAGUAUGCGCAGCGCAUGCGAACGGCCGCCGUGAUGCUGGCCCAGCUGAACAAGAGUGGCGCUAUGACUCGAAGUGCCACAGCAGACGCGCAAGACGCAGGCGCAGAAACGAUGGCAACGCAUAUUUCGUCCGCUGAUGCCAAAGUCAUUCGGCAGCGUAUCAUGGACGAAAUGGCAGCGCUAGAAGAGCAGCGCAUGGACCGUAUGAAGCGUGGCGGGCAGUACUUUGGCCGUCUCAAACGCAACCCGAUGGGCGCCGAAGAUGAGAGUGCGGUGCUCAAAGCGGUCAACAAGGACGACCCCUCCGCGGCGUACUUCCGUGAGUCGUGGACUGUGAAGAAAGAGCGUAUUCGUGCCUCGUCUCCGUACGGCAAUUUGCCGGCCUGGGACCUGUUUUCCGUCAUUGUCAAGACAGGGGCCGAUUUGCGGCAGGAGCAGUUUGCUGUGCAGCUUAUCAAGGAGUUUAAGCGCGUGUGGAACGACUGCCAAAGUCGUUGUUGGGUGCAUUAUUUCCGAAUUGUGGUCCUCAACGAGAAUGCAGGUCUGAUUGAGACCAUCAAAGAUGCGAUCUCUGUACAUUCCAUCAAGAAGGAAGCAUACGCUCGUCAGCUGGAUGGGCAGCCCAUUGCUACGUUUAGCUUGUAUGACCACUUCCUUCAGACGUAUGGCGAGCCUCAGUCGCCCAACUUCCGACGCGCCCAGCGCCACUUUAUUGAGUCUUUGGCUGGCUAUGCGAUUGUAUCGUACUUGCUACAGAUCAAAGACCGGCACAACGGGAAUAUCUUGGUGGACACAGACGGCCAUCUUGUCCAUAUUGACUUCGGUUUCAUGCUGGGUCUCUCCCCAGGCGGCGUCGGCUUCGAAGCGGCGCCAUUCAAGUUCCCACGUGACUACAUUGAGAUCCUAGGUGGGAUGGACAGCGAAGGCUACGAAGAAUUCCGCCAGACCAUGCGCCAGGGUUUCCGUGACGUACGGAGGCAUGCUGAGCGGUUUAUCCUCCUGGUCGAAUUGAUGGAACGAGGUAUGUACAAGGACACUUACAUGUUAGACUCGUACCUGCCAUGCUUUACCACAGGCGACAGUGCUGCCGCUGCGUUGCGGGAUCGCUUCCAGCUGGGCCUUACGCCUGCGCAGUGCGAUGAGUUCGUGGACAAGUUGAUUUUGAGCUCGGCAGGCAGUGCCUUUACGCGACUCUAUGAUCAGUACCAGAACUUUACACAGAACAUUUUGUAA